AUGGCGUCUCCCCAGGGGGGUGCGGGAGAUGCUGCUGAGCCGCAUCUGUCGUCGAUGCAGCGGUCUCGAUGGGCCACUCGGAAGUUGACGGUUAAGAGCAGCUCCAUGAAGCGUCUCUCGCUAAUGGGGAGGAAACACAACAACAAGGGCAUGGCGAACGAGAAGAAGAGAACAUCUGGGGGGACUGACGCGUCCCAGCCCGACGAUGGCGACCAAGAAGACGACUCCAGUGUCCAGGAGGAGGUUGGUGAUGGGCCGGGGCCGAGGCAGCUGUUCUUCAACCUCCCUUUACCGGCCGAAUUUCAAGACGAGGAAGGGUACCCGUUACAGCAGUUCACGCGAAACAAGAUUCGAACCGCCAAAUACACGCCGCUCUCCUUCGUCCCCAAGAACCUGUUCUUCCAGUUCCAAAAUAUCGCCAACAUUUUUUUCCUCUUCCUUGUUAUUCUAGUGGACGCGAUCGAAGAUUACCGAAGGACCAACCUCGAUAACGUGCUCAACAAUGCGCCCGUUCACCGGUUGUUGGGCAAGAAGAACGUCAACGUGCGGGAGGAUAAUGUCUCGGGGUGGCGGAAGUUCAAGAAGGCCAAUUCUCGCUUCUUCGGUUCGAUAUGGCGCUCGAUCGAAGCGCUGUGGAAGAAGGAAGAGCCAAGCCACCAGACCUUCAAGACGGCCGACCCACGAAUGUCUAUCGAGACGAGGAACACCGCCUGGGAACCCGUCGCGUCGCCGCACUCGCGCCAAUCAGUUGCCUCGGCACACGAAGAUAUCCAGAUGACCCCAGUGCCGUCGCCCUUGCCCCGUGACCCCGACAUGCCCACCAUGUCGUCCACCAUGGAAAACGAGGCAGUACUCUUGCAAAACCUCAAAGGCGACCUGAUAAAUCCAGAGGAGCCCAUUUCCGGAAAUGCGAGGUUUCACAGGGAUGCUUGGAAAAACUUGGUGGUCGGCGACUUCGUGCGCAUCUACAACGACGACGAACUCCCCGCUGAUGUCAUCAUUCUGGCGACGUCGGAUCCAGACGGCGCGUGCUAUGUGGAAACAAAGAAUUUGGACGGCGAAACCAACCUCAAGGUCCGAUCCGCUCUGCGAUGCGGACGGACGUUGAAGCAUGCACGCGACUGCGAACGCGCCCAGUUCAUCAUCGACAGCGAGCCGCCGCAGCCGAAUCUCUACAAGUAUAACGGCGCGGUCAAGUGGCGGCAACGAGUUCCCUGGGACCCCAAGGCCGAGCCGAGGGGAAUGUCGGAACCCGUCGGCAUCGAUAAUAUGCUUUUGCGGGGCUGCAACCUCCGGAACACGGAAUGGGCGCUCGGUGUCGUCGUUUUCACCGGCCAUGAUACGAAGAUCAUGAUGAACGCCGGUAUCACACCCAACAAGCGGCCCCGCAUCGCGAGAGAGCUGAACUUCAAUGUCAUCUGCAACUUCGGCAUCCUUCUCGUCAUGUGUCUGAUCUCGGCUCUCGCGAACGGUGUCGCCUGGGCGAGAACCGAUGCUUCCUUGACCUGGUUCGAGUACGGCUCUAUCGGAGGAACCCCGGGCUUGACUGGUUUCAUUACGUUCUGGGCUGCCCUGAUCGUUUUCCAGAACUUGAUUCCCAUCUCGCUCUACAUUUCGCUCGAGAUUGUAAGAACUGCCCAGGCGUUCUUCAUCUACAGUGAUGUCGGGAUGUAUUACGACAAGAUCGACCAGCCCUGCAUCCCCAAGUCGUGGAACGUCUCGGAUGAUGUCGGUCAGAUCGAGUAUAUCUUCUCAGAUAAGACGGGUACCCUCACGCAAAACGUCAUGGAGUUCAAGAAGGCGACCAUCAAUGGGCAACCAUAUGGCGAAGCGUAUACUGAAGCCCAAGCCGGCAUGAAUAAGAGACUGGGCAUCAAUGUCGAGGAGGAGGCGAAGACAAUCCGGGCCGAGAUCGCCGACGCCAAGGUCAGAGCGCUCCGUGGGCUUCGCCAACUUCACGACAACCCGUACCUUCACGACGAUGACCUGACCUUUAUCGCCCCCGAUUUCGUCGAUGACCUGGCCGGCAAGAAUGGCCCUGAACAGCAACAAGCAAACGAACAAUUCAUGCUAGCCCUUGCCCUCUGUCACACGGUCAUCGCCGAGAAGGAACCAGGGGAUCCCCCAAAGAUGCUUUUUAAGGCCCAGUCUCCAGACGAGGCGGCCCUGGUGGCCACAGCACGCGACAUGGGGUUCACUGUGCUCGGCUCCUCAAACGACGGAAUCAACCUGAACGUCAUGGGUACCGACAGGCACUACACCGUCCUCAAUACCAUUGAGUUCAACUCUAGCAGGAAAAGGAUGAGUGCGAUUGUGAAAAUGCCGGAUGGCCGGAUUGUGCUUUUCUGCAAAGGCGCCGACAGCAUCAUUUAUGCUCGCCUGAAGAAGGGCGAGCAAGCCGAACUCCGGUUGGAAACGGCGAAGCAUCUUGAGCUGUUUGCGGUCGAGGGUCUCCGGACGCUUUGCAUCGCUCAAAAGGAGCUCACGGAGGCGCAGUACCUCGAGUUUAAGAAAGAACACGACGUGGCCGCCACGGCGCUAGAGAACCGUGAGGAGAGGCUCGAGGAAGUAGCUGAUAAGAUCGAGCGAGACCUAACCUUGAUGGGAGGAACUGCCAUCGAAGACCGUCUCCAAGACGGCGUUCCGGAUACGAUUGGGUUGUUGGGCGAUGCCGGAAUUAAACUCUGGGUGCUCACAGGCGACAAGGUCGAGACAGCCAUCAACAUCGGGUUUUCCUGCAACUUGCUGAACAACGACAUGGACCUCAUUCGUCUCCAAGUCAACGAAGACGAAGGUAGCUUGGCGACCGAGGCGGAGUACCUAGCGAUUUGCGAAGAACAACUUGACAGUGGCCUGGCGAGGUUCCAUAUGACGGGCAGCGACGAGGAGCUAAAGAAGGCCAUGAAAGACCACGAACCCCCCGCCGCCACUCACGCGCUUGUGAUCGACGGCUUCACACUUCGGUGGGCGCUCAGCGAUACCUUGAAACAGAAGUUUCUGUUACUGUGCAAGCAGUGCAAGUCAGUCCUCUGCUGCCGUGUCAGCCCCGCACAAAAAGCCGCCGUUGUCGCCAUGGUAAAGAACGGCCUCGAUGUCAUGACUCUCUCGGUAGGAGACGGCGCCAACGACGUGGCCAUGAUUCAGGAGGCGGACGUCGGCGUCGGCAUUGCCGGCGUGGAGGGACGGCAGGCCGUCAUGUCGGCUGACUACGCCGUUGGGCAGUUCCGCUUCUUGCAGAGGUUGGUGCUGGUCCACGGAAGGUGGUCGUACCGGCGUUUGGCAGAGUCGAUCAGUAACUUCUUCUACAAGAAUAUGGUGUGGACGUGGGCCAUUUUCUGGUACCAAGCCUUUACGGAUUUCGACAUCUCGUACAUUUUUGAGUACACGUACAUCCUCAUGUUCAACCUUUUCUUCACAUCGGUCCCGGUUAUCCUUAUGGGCGUCCUGGAUCAGGAUGUGAGCGACACGGUGUCGCUGGCGGUGCCCCAGCUCUACCGUCGCGGGAUUGAACGGAAAGAGUGGACUCAAACGAAGUUCUGGGCGUACAUGGUUGAUGGCAUCUACCAGUCCACUCUGAGCUUCUUUAUCCCGUACAUCUUUGUCAUCCUCACGACCACGGGCUCCGGAAACGGGCUUGAUGUUUCGGAGCGGACACGGCUAGGGUGUUAUAUUGCCCACCCGGCCGUGCUCACCAUCAACUCGUACAUCCUGAUCAACACCUACCGGUGGGAUUGGCUCAUGAUUCUCGUUGUUGUCAUCAGUGAUGUCUUCAUCUUUUUCUGGACCGGCGUGUACACGUCGUUCACGUACGCUGCCGGUUUCUACCAGGCAGCUCCUCAAAUCUACCAGGAGUUGACCUUCUGGAUGUGCCUGAUCGUCACUCCGGUCGUCUGUCUCCUACCGCGUCUUGUGAUCAAGGCGAUGCAGAAGCAGCUGUUCCCCUAUGACGUGGACAUCAUCCGCGAGCAAGCCAAGCGCGGCGACUAUGCCGACGCCGACGCGGCUGCUGCUGCGGCCGUCGACGCGACCGAAGGCGUGGAGGACGCAUCAGCCAAGUCAUCGUCCUCGUCGGGCAAGUUAUCCGGGCGGAGCAGGAAGGCAAAGCACACCCAGUACGCGAGCGUCGAUGAGGACAGACGGCCAAUCUACCCGCCAUCGAUCGCGACGCACAACACACGCACGCAAAACGGAAGCGACGGGACGACCUAUAUCAUGAGCCGGGCCUCGGCCGAGCUGCAGCAGCAGCGGGAACAGCAACAACAGGAUGACAUGGGUGUAGAACCGGAGCGCGCUGUCACCCGGCCAUCGAUAGAUCGCUGCAGGCCGUCAUACGACAGGGUGCGGCGGUCCAUCGACGGGCGUGUGCGCCCAAGCUUCGAGGCCAGUAACGACUUUACCUCAGCUGCGCGCUUGAGCAGGAUUGAAUCGACACAUUCGGCCCAGGGACUCCCGGGCCAACGGCGGUUCAACCUGACGACGGUGAGGAAGCGGGGGCUGUCUGCUUUCUCCAAGAAGAGUAUUGACCCAUGA